UUGGCGUUCCUUGAGGUCCUCAGGUAAGCGGAUAUGUCUUUUCGUCUGUGGAUGUGAUGCGCCCCUUACACUGCUGUGUGACUGUAAUCUGACGGUAUCCUCUUCAUUUGAAAUGCAUCCAGACGCUGGCAAUGGAAUUUCUUCCGCUUGGAGAACGAACACCUGAACAACUGUGGUCAGUUCCGCGCAAUUAAGGACAUCCCACUUCCGUUCCAUAUCCGAGUCGAGGGCGAAACAGACGACGAAGAGGAAGAGGAAGAGGAAGACCAGGGAAUCGAGCGACACGACUGUGAACCUCACCCAGUUGUCGACUUGCCAGAAUCAGUACACGACGACGAUGGAGAUUCAUAUAUCCAGCAGCAGCACUAUGGCAGUCCCUCGCGGUCGGGUAUCAUGCGCUCAUCUAGCUCUCAUGGCAGCUUUGCGAGGUACAGUAACGGCAGCCAUGCCCAUGGCCUGUCCAAUCUGGCAGAAGGAGGUGGAUCAGGGGGAGAAAUCGAAAGCCACAGACCUGGUUCAACACGCAAUUCGAUCUAUUCUUCGUCAUCACGCGGAAGCAAGGCUCCUCGGAUGGGAAUGCCCAGGAAAUCUCAGAGCCAGAACCAUGUCUAUGGCGCCGGAGAUAGGAGCAGCCUGGGUUCGAUCUCCCGUAGGAAGUUCCACAACAGCCAGCCAUUGGUUCAUCCGUUUGCGGUUUCACGUAGCAACUCGUUUGUGGAGAACGCGGUCGCGGAAGCAGGGUUUAAGGAUACGCAGCUGGAGGCACUCGGAUCCGAGACGAACGCAAACAACAGGUUUUAUGAUCGACGCGAUUUUGAUUCGAAGAUCAUUGAUGCAGACAGUGGGCUGUGGGGGUCAAGGAGCCGGUCGAUGACCGGGGGAUCGUCGUCCUUGCAUGGAUUGCAGACGUUGAGUCUUGGCGGCGGUGGUGGUGGUACUGGACUCGAGGAACGAGUGCCGAAGGACGAUAGGAGGGUAAAAUCACAGGUGGUUUCUCGGAGGAAGAUGAGCCUGGGUACAAGGAUGAAGAGUGCGAUUUUUGGGCGCGUUGGAAGUAGUGAGUCGGACGAAGAUGAUGAAGACGAGCACGAGCGAUAAUAUUACAUAGGAAAGCAUAGAGAAGCUGAGAAUGCCAUU